AUGGCUUCGGAUCAGCUUCUGUCUGGCCUCAACUACCUCACUGAUGCGGCGCAUCUCCUCCGUCAGACGGCACCAGAAACAUCGGCGCAUCUGACGAAGCAACGGGCUGACGUCAUGUUCCACAACAACCUGGCUCAACACGAGGUGCAGCGUCAACACGUCUGCGGCGCCUGUGGACAUAUCAUGAUCCCGGGAGACAAGACGGUGUUGAAGCUCGAGCCCCGCCAGACACACAGACUGCAAAAACAGGCUGCUUCGCGGAAGAAUCAGGGACAACUGGAAGCUGCCUCUGCAGGACCAACGAAAUCGAUCACCUGCGGGCAUUGCAGUCGAGUCACCAAGAUUAGCCUCCCAGCACCCGAGGCAGCAACCCGUCGAAAGACACCAAGAGCGCCCGCCGCCAACAAGACGGUACCGGCCGAGCCACAACUUCGAAAAAUGUCGGCAAAUGCAAGCAGCAAGCAGAGAGCCAAGAAUCGCAAAGGCGGACUGCAAGCGCUGCUUUGCGGACAGCAGCAAAAAUCAACUAGUUCGCUCUCCCUUGCGGAUUUCAUGGGAUAA